AUGACAUCAACGUCCCCUAAUAACGCCGCUGCCACCGCUCUCCGCUCCCUCCUCGAUUUCGGCAACUCUCUCCUCUCCGAGCUCCUGCGUUUCCGCGCCAACCUACCGCGAGACUUCCUCCGUUCGAUCACUCUCCCUGCACCACCACCUCUAUCAACAUCGACUCAGCUCAAUCCCACGCAAAUCCCCUCGCCGUCUCCCGAUCUCCCCUUCCCCCUAUGGGACUUCGAGUACCUGCGCGCGCCGGACGACCGCGAGCGCGAGCUGCGCGAUCGCCAGGACGAGUGGAGCGCGGAGCGCGCGUGGUGGACGGCGCACGGCGAGCAGCUGGUGGGAUUCGUGCUGCUGCUGGCGGCUGUGCUGAAGCUGUACCGCGCGCUCAGGCAGACGAUCGAAGGGCUGCGGCGUGGCUUGUUCCUGGGGAGCUCGCUGGAAGGCGUGGUGGGUGGAGAUGAGGGGGACGAGAUGCAGUCGCUGCUGCUGCAGGUGCUCCACACUCACGCACUUCUGCUUCUCCUCCUCCACCAUCUCUUUCCUAACCAAUCACGUGAGCGCCUACUCAUCGCUGCGUACCGCCACUGGUGCCGAACCUCCGGGCCAGGCUCGGGGGAGGCCCUGGGUGAGAUCUUGACUCGCGACUUCGACGACCUAUGCCAGAUGUGCCGAACCACAGGAGCAGGGUCGGGGGAACCGGAGGCUUAUAAGGGGACUGCAGGAGGCAAGAAGCUGGGGAGCAAAGCGCAUGAUGGCAGCAGCAGUGCCAGCAGUGAUACCGACGUCUUUCUGUGGUCUCCAUUCCCAAGAGAGUGUUUUGACAUCGAAAAGCUGGGCCUUGUUUCAGGCUUGGACUCUGGUUGGGGCGUAGCUCUGGGAUCAGGAUUGGGGUCAGAGGGUUCUGGUCUGGGCAUUGGAGGGGCGGAGACUGCUGCGUUUCUGUCACUGCCGUGUGUGAUAGCGCCCACGGAUACCCACAGCCUGGAGCAGCUCUUCUCCCGCUUUGCUCCCCCGCCUGACGUCACAUGGAUGGCCAUCCAGUCUUUGCUCAGGAAACAAGCUGCUGCCAUCGACUCCUCGCCUGCCUCGUCCUCCACUUUCAAUCUAGCCCCUUCGGUUGUCUCGUCCUCCCACUCGUCCUCUGUGCAUGCAUCCACGUUCUCCUCCUUCCCUCCAACGCAAGCCCCCUCACAGGCAGGAGCAGCAGGAGCAGCAGCAGCGCAUACACCCCAUGACCCUCUCUCCGCAGUGGCAGCAGUGACAGCCUCUCUCCCCUCCACGUCGUCGCUCAUCCUGCUGCUCUUCUUCCACCCCUCCUCGCUCUGCGCCGACCUGCCCUUCAUGCACGAGCUCGUCCGCUGCAGGCUGCUCGCCCUGCCCCCCUCCUCCCCCUCGUCCUCCUCUGUGCCGCCUGCUGCUGCUGCUGCCACUGCUGCCUGGCAGCACUUCCCUGCCGCCCACUCAGCUCUCACCCUGCACCUCUCGCCAACCUCUAUCCUGCACGUGGCUCAAGCGCUGGUGCAGGUGCUGCCAGGGGUGCAGCAGGCUGUGGGCAGGGCCAUGGGUCGGCUGAAGCAGCAGGGGGCGUCGGGGUGGGAGGAGGAGCUGUGGGGUGGCAAGCAUGUGGGCAGUGGGGUUGCUCGUGUGCUACGCAGUGCACGGGAGAUCCUCUCCCUCAUCCGCCACACAGCCGCACUCCUCAGGUGGCUGCUGCAGCACCGCGCCUCUCUCACGCUGCACCUUUCCCUGCCUAUCAUCCUCACCACCCACCGUCUUGCCCGCUCAGCCCAGCUCCACGCACAAUCCUGUGCUCGCGUUGCUGCUGCUGCUGGCCUGUCAUCCCCUGGCUGGUCGGAGGCAAGCCAGGUGGCUGCUGAAGUAGCUGCGGGCUUCCUGUUGCCGGAAGUAACAGGUGGAGUGGCUGUGGGCUCGCUCCAAUCAGAGGCCGCCACGUGUCUCUCCGCUAUCAUUGCUCGCAGAGAGGACAGCUGGCACUGCCUGAGGCAGGCGGCGUGCGCACGGCUGGACGGCCUGGCUCAGCUGUUUGUGGGCGGGCAGGGUGUGGAGGGAGGGGAAAGAGGCGCAGCGGAUGGUGCAGACAGAGGGGGAGUUGAGACUGGGAGCAGAGGAGGGGAUAGGCGAGGGGUGGGAGAUGGGGGGGAGGGGAUGGCGGGUAUGGGGUGGAAGGAUGGGGCGGAUGGGAGCAUUGGGGAGUGGUUUCAGCGACUGUCAUGGCAGGUGUCGCACUGGCAGCACCCAGACGCGCCCUCAACGCCCGCCAGCCUGCAGCAGCUCUCCCUCGCCCUCGCAGACGCUGCCUCCCUGCACCACAUUCAGUCGCACCCGCUCGCCGGCCAAUCCCUGCACGCCACCUGUCGCCUGCUCCAGGACAUGGCUCUAGUGCAGGCCAUUCGUUCUGACCACCUUGCAGCGCUCUCUGCUGCUGCCGAGCCUGGGUUCCUCUGGGCGCUGCUGCCGAGCCUGCUGCCGUGGCUGCAGGCUCGGGUGAGGCUGCAGCCGGAGUGUCUGGGGCAGGUGGGGUGCUUGCUGGUGUUGAUGCGGUCAGGAGUUGCUGGAGCAGGCGUUGGUACUGCUGGCUCCAGCAGUGCGGACUCUGGUGGCACAGGUAAGCAUGUUCAUGCUCGGGCCUCUGCUGCCUCCGCUGGUGCUGGUGGUGUUGGCGGUGGUGGUGAGUUCAGGGCACGAGCUGGAAGAACAAUAGCAGCUGGAGCAGCAACAGACGUUGCAGGCACCGCAGCAGCAGCAGGAGCAGGAGCAGGAGGGAGGGGGGAGUAUCUGGAGAGGCAUCUGCGGUGUGUGUCACGAGCAGUAAUAGCGGUGGUGCCGGCCAGUGUGCUCAGCCUCAUGCACGCAUGCACGCUCGCCCUCCUCCCACCGCCCUCCCAUGCCCUCGCCACCCACUCCCUCAACACAGACAGCACAGCAGGAGAGGGGGUAGCGAGCACGCAGGGCAGGCAAGGGGGGCUGGGUGAGGGGGCAGAGGGGCAGGGUGGUGAGAGCAAGGCACAGGUUGCUGCGCGGGUGCAUGGGCAGGCUGUGUUCCGGCAGGCCAUGGGUCGAGCACGGGCUGCUGUGGCGGGAUUCUCUGCGGGCGUGGCUGCGUUUGAGGCCAAGGGGCUGCCGUUCAUAGGGAGGGAGGGAGGCGCUAGACGGAGUGUCACUGCUGCUCCAGCAGCCGCCGCCGCCGCCGCCGCCGCUGCUGCUGCUGCUGCUGCUCAUGCUGGCACUGAUGGCAUGGCUGAUGGUGCAACUGCCGUCGUUGCCAGUACCUCUAGUGGCUCUGCUCCCUCUAACCGUCCUCCUGAUUCCACCACUGCAGUUGGCACUUCUCGUAAUUCCAGUAGCACUGGUGCGAGUAGCACUGGUGGCAUGAAGAGCAGGGACGAGUGGGCAGCGGGAGCGUGCCAUGCCGUGGUGGUGGCACUGCGACUCAUGCUCAGGCGCCAUGCAGCCUCUAUUCUGCACACCGGCUUCUCUGAGGCGCUUAAAGCCCUGCACGGCGCAGGGCUGAGGCAGCGGGGGGGGGAGGGAAAGGCGGAUGGGGGCAAGGGCAGUGGCUGGGCGGGGCUGUGGUCCUGGGGGGGGAAGGGAGGGGGUGUGGAUGGGGAGGGGGGUGAGGGGAAAGGGGCGGAGGAGGAGGGGGGAGGUGGUGGGGAGAGGAGGAGAAGGGAGGGGUUUGAGAGGCGGGUGGCGCAGAUGGAGAGGGAGCUGGGUGCGUGGGAGUACUGCACGUGCCUGUUUGAAGAUGUGCUUGUAACGAGCACCAGCGGGAGUGAAAGGUGGAGUGGGAGUAGGUUAGCGGCUGCAAGGGUGGGUGGAGGUAGAGGAGGAGGUAGUGGUGGGGGUUCGGAAUCAGUUUUCUCUCCCUCGUCUCCCUCUCUCCUCUGGCACACUGCCGUGCAGCCCCUGCUGCUGCAGGCCCUGCAGCAAGCGCGUGGGGAGACAGAGAGAAAAGGAACAAGCGGUUACAGGUCACACCCUUCCACCUCUGCCAAUGGUGGAACCUUCUUGGAAGCUGCGUUGUCAUCGCUGUUGGUCCUCUCGCACCCCUCCCACGCCAUGUUCCUCCCACCCCUGGCUGCAUGGUUCCUCCCCUCGGGCCUGCCCUCCCUCUCCCUCCCCCUCAUCCUCCGCCUCGCCUCUUGCCUCUCUGCCACUGGCCGCAUUCCCAGCACCCCUCCCAGCAACCCUCCUGCUGCUGCCACUGGCACCACCCAUACAGCCUCUGCUCCUCCACAUGCAGCCUUAGCGGGCGGCGUUGCCAGUCUGACCGGGGAAGGUGCAGCAGGAGCAGGGGAAGAGGGGCCAGGCGUUGCGCGAACAGCAGAGGGGCUUGUGGCUCUGGACUGGGCGCUGAGGAGAGCAGAGGAGGAGCGAUUGAGGCGGGCGGUGCAGGUGGUGAGUGCUAUGGAGAAGGAGAGGAGGCGGGUGUUGCUUUGGCUGGUCGAAGAGCUGAGGGAGGGAGGGGUGCAGCGGUGUGAGCAGGGAGAGGAAGUGGGGGGGGGAGAGCAGCGGCAUGUGCGAAAAGCUAAGGUGGCAGGAUCAGGAGGGGGAGGAGGUCGGGGUGAGGCAGAGGUAGCAGCGUCAGUGGGAAGGGCAGCUAAGUCAGCGGUUUCUAUGUGGCGGCAUGUGUUGGCAGCGUAUGGGCGAGCGGAGCAUGGGAUUGCCCAACCAAUGGCCCAGGGAGAGGCGUGUGACACAGGGGUAGGAGGGCACGGAAGCAUUAGCACAGCAGGCAGGAGCGGGGUGGGAGGCGCAGGAAAGGAUGGUGCAUUGAAGGCGGGGGCAGCAGCAGGCGAACCUGGGGCCGGUGCAGGCAGGGUGGCUGCAACUGCUCCCUCCUCGGCAAAAAGAGGGCCUGGCGAGAAUAUGGGAGAUUUUGCCGGGACGGUGACAGGUGUCGCGAGGGCACUGGCGGAGGCGGGUCAGGUGCGGCUCGUGCGAGGGCUGGUGCGCAUGGCUGCAUGCGCUGCCACAGGGUGUGAAACCCCUGCUGCUGCCCGGUCCGUGGAGUGCCUGCUGGCCUCCCUGCACCCACACGCUGUUGCUCCUGCUCACACUGCUGCCGCUGCUACUGCGGCUACCAGCAGUCUCUCGCCUGACACUGCUGCUGCCAGUACCAGCACGACCAGCACCAGCAGUUGCAGCAACGACUGUGUUCUGACAGUGCAGCUGCUCGUCCUCGUUUCCCUCUCCCACCUCCGCCUCCUCCUGCUCGACCCCUCCCUCGCUUGCCUCUCCCGCCGCACACGCAGUGCCAAUGCAUUUGAUGCGAGCUGUCUGGCGGCCGGCAUAUGCUGUCUUUUGUCAACACUGCCGAAUCCUAGAGAGAAGAUUGUGCUGUAUGAGGGAUGCAUGGAGGAUUAUGGGAAUGCUGAGGUGGCGGUAGGUGGGCUUGGGAGUGGUUUGGAGGAGAGCGAGGUGCAUUGGGUCUUCUCAGGCCUCUCCUUCAGCUCUGCCGUCAGAGGCACCGAGCUCGCCACCCGCAGCCUCCCCGCCGUUCCCCAACUAGCAGCCCCCCGCGGCCUAGGCGUCACCGCGCUCUUCAGCUCGCGGAAAGCCGCCGUCCCCGCUAAGAGCGUCCCCGCGACGAAUCUGCGCACAGAGGACGGCAUCUUCGGGACGUCGGGCGGGUUCGGGUUCACCAAGGCGAACGAGCUGUUCGUGGGGCGCGUGGCCAUGCUGGGCUUCGCGGCGUCGCUGCUGGGCGAGGCGAUCACGGGCGCAGGCAUUCUGUCGCAGCUCAACAUCGAGACGGGCAUCCCCAUCACGGAGACCGAGCCGCUGCUGCUCUUCUUUAUCGCCUUCACCGUGCUCGGCGCCAUCGGUGGGCUGGGCGACCGCGGGCGAUUCGUGGACGACGAGCCGGUGGGGCCGCCCGUGAAGCCCGGCAGCAUCAAGGCGGCGCUGGGGCUGAGCGAGGACGGGCCGCUGUUCGGAUUCACCAAGGCGAACGAGCUGUUCGUGGGGCGGCUGGCGCAGUUAGGGUUUGCGGCGAGCCUGAUCGGCGAGGUGAUCACGGGCAGGGGCGCGCUGGCGCAGCUCAACAUCGAGAUCGGCGUGCCCGUGUGGGAGCUCGAGCCGCUGCUGCUUGCUAGCAUCGCCUUCUUCUUCGUCGCCGCAAUCAACCCCGGUACAGGGAAAUUCAUUAACGACGACGAGUGA